ACACUCUUUGUAAGUCUCACCCACACACUUUUCGAGAUUUGAAGCUCGUAAAGAAUGGGCUGCCAAGGGAGGAAGCACAGGAAAGGAACCAAAGCAGAGACGAAGAGUCUCUGAAUUGAUUGAGGAAUGGCGAGGGGUAGCCAUGAGAACAAUACUGGAGCUUUCUUUGUGGCCACUUUGGUUCUGUGGUUCGUCUCUGUUGUGUUCGAAAUCGUCUUCCAUAAGAGAACAGAACUAGUCUAUGUGGUUGCUGGUUGCUGUUUCUACCAAAUUGCCAACUGGGUCAUCCGAUUCUUUGUAUUUCGUGAUCCUCUUUUUGUCAACACCAGCGUGUCUUUGCUCCAUUCCUCCGUUGCUUCUAUUUCAGUCAUUCUCAUCCUGGUUAAUCAAUGGGCAACAAAGGGUCUAAGUACGAUGUUUGACCAUGCUCAGUUGUUUGGAGGGACGUGGCCCGGUGUAUACCUGGCUUUGUGCUUCUCCUGUGGUUACUUUGCAUACGACCAGUGGGAUAUGCUCCGGUACCGGCUGUAUAGUGGAUUGAUCCCCUCAAUCCUUGUACACCACCUGCUACUCCUGGUUUGCUUUACACUUGCACUGUAUCGAAGAGUCACUGUGAACUAUCUUAUUCUCACCCUUAUUUGUGAGCUUCAUUCAAUAUUCCUACACGUGAGGAAAGUGCGGCGAAUGGCUGGAGUACGGGACACAAACUGCAAAUUUGUGAGAGCAGAAUGGGCACUCAACUGGAUCACCUUCUUCCUAGCAAGGCUCGGUUCGCAUAUUCUCAUCACAAUCAAGCUCAUUAAAGAUGCGUCCAAGUUCGGGAAGGGUGUUGAACUCCCACUAGCCCUUUUUGGGAUGGCAGGAAUGAAUUUGGUCAACAUCUUUCUUGGCCUCGAUCUCUUUAAAGCUUAUAGGAGAGAGAAGAAUCAACACCCCAGACACCAGGAAUGAAAGUGAUUUAGAUUAAUCCCCAAUAUGCUUACAGGAGAAUGUAAAGGUCAUUUUUGGAUUUUGUUAUAUUAUUUAUGGCUUCCAAA